CAGGGAUUUAGGACCCGGCAGCCCGAGGUCUGGCCGGCAGCUCCCUCUACUCCCCCGGCGCGGGGCCUGGGAGACCGCAAGCCACCCCCCAGGAAUGCGCGUGCAGCCGUUUCCAUGGUAACAGGCAAGCCGCGCCUGUCCUCUGCUAAAGGAAAGGGGAGGUGGUGGAGGCGGGGGGCGCUGGUCCCCGAGGGGUCAAAACUCUUCACGCGGCGGGUGCACGGGGGGACCGAGAAUGUCCCCUCCCCUUCCCCCGUGCCCCAAAUCCUCUGGGAGCUAGAAGGCGAGUCGCGUCGCCUCUCUGAGCCUCAGUUUCCGCAUCUGCCAAAUAGAGGCAAUAUAAUUGGUUCCAAGUUCUCCGAAGAGCUGUUUCGAGGGCCCGCUCGCCAUGGCCCUCUUUGGGGCCCUCCUCCUAGCGCUUCUGGCAGGCGCUCAUGCGGAGCUCCCCGGCUGCAAGACCCGCGUCACCUCCCAGGCGCUGGAGCUGGUGAAGCAGGAGGGCUUGCGCUUUCUGGAACAAGAGCUGGAGACCAUCACCAUUCCGGACCUGCGGGGCAGGGAGGGCCACUUCUACUACAACAUCUCGGAGGUGAAGGUCACAGAGCUGCAGCUGACGUCCUCUGAGCUCCAUUUCCAGCCGGAGCAGGAGCUGGUGCUACAAAUCAGCAACGCGUCCUUGGGGCUGCGCUUCCGGAGGCAGCUUCUCUACUGGUUCUUCUAUGAUGGAGGCUAUAUCAAUGCCUCUGCCGAGGGUGUGUCCAUCCGCACUGCUCUGCAGCUCUCCCGGGAUGCCACUGGCCGUAUCAAAGUGUCCAACGUCUCCUGCCAGGCCUCAGUCUCCAGAAUGCACGCGGCCUUCGGGGGAACCUUCAAGAAGAUUUAUGAGUUCCUCUCCACAUUCAUCACCUCGGGGAUGCGCUUCCUCCUCAACCAGCAGAUCUGCCCCGUGCUUUACCACGCAGGGAUGGUGCUCCUCAAUUCCCUCCUGGACACCGUGCCUGUUCGCAGCUCUGUGGAUGAGCUGGUUGGCAUCGACUACUCCCUCCUGAAGGAUCCUGUAGCGUCCGACAGCAAUCUGGACAUGGUCUUCCGGGGGGCCUUCUUUCCCCUGGCUGAGGGGAACUGGAGCCUGCCCAACCGGGCAGUAGAGCCCCAACUGCAGGACGAGGAGCGGAUGGUGUACGUGGCCUUCUCGGAGUUCUUCUUUGACUCUGCCAUGGAGAGCUACUUCCGGGCGGGGGCCCUGCAGCUGUCACUGGUGGGGGACAAGGUGCCCCACGAUCUGGACAUGCUGCUGAGGGCCACCUACUUUGGGAGCAUCGUCCUGCUGAGCCCAGCAGUGAUCGACUCCCCGCUGAAGCUGGAGCUGCGCGUCCUGGCUCCACCUCGCUGCACCAUCAAGCCCUCGGGUACCACGGUCUCUGUCACUGCCAGUGUCACCAUCGCCCUGGUCCCCCCAGACCAGCCCGAGGUCCAGCUGUCCAGCAUGACCAUGGACGCCCGUCUCAGCGCCAAGAUGGCACUCCGGGGGAAGGCGCUGCGCACCCAGCUGGACCUGCGCCGGUUCCGAAUCUACUCGAACCAGUCCGCCCUGGAGUCACUGGCCCUGAUCCCGCUGCAGGCCCCUCUGAAGACCAUGCUGCAGAUUGGGGUGAUGCCCAUGCUCAAUGAGCGGAUGUGGCGGGGGGUGCAGAUCCCGCUGCCCGAGGGUAUCAACUUUGUGCGCGAGGUGGUGACGAACCAUGCGGGCUUCCUCACUAUUGGGGCCGACCUCCACUUUGCCAAAGGACUACGAGAGGUGAUUGAGAAGAACCGGCCUGCCGACACCAGGGACUCCUGGGCGCCCAGUGCCCCACCGCCCUCCACGACAGCUGCCUGAGCCCUCAAGCCCACCCUGGCAGGGGCAUUCAGGACUCUGACACCCCUCGUCCCCUCCCCCAGCCCCCGCCCCCCCCCUCCCCAGCCCAUAGUGCCACAGAGAAGACAGGGCUUGAAGCUGUACCCAAUUUAAUUCCAUCAUCAGUCAAUCCAUCAAUUACAGUCCGUCCACCCUCCCCGUGGGCUGUCCUGAGCUCUGCUGUGUUCUAGUGCAUGAAGGGAGGGGGCCAGGCCCCACCCCAGUCAGGAAUAAAGUGCUAACUCCCCCA